GGAGCAGAGGGGCUUAUUUGCAUCUUAUUACCCUGAGCGCACUGGUCUGAUAUAAAAGCCUGUACAGGAGCGUAGAGCCAUCAGACACACACACACUGUUAACCCGGGUGAGACCAAGAAAGGCUUGUUUUCCUCACUUGGGACCCGCAUUUCAUCAAUCAAGAGGGAGGAAACAACAAGGACGCCCACCUUUUUUUGCGCAAGAUUAUAUGGAAUUAUUUCAAACAGGGAUUUCCCUCAAGGAUCAUUCUGUUGUGGAUUAUUUACUGACAAAACUAAACUAAACUAAACAACAGAGGCUCGUAUGGGAAAAUAGAAGACAAUCAGAAGGAAAGUGAAUUCUGACUGAAGGAAGAACCCUCCAAACUUUCUCCAUGUUUUUUUGAGUCAAGCUGCACCAACCUGUGGAUCUUUGAGCGAUUGUUUUGAACGGGCUGUCAACACAAUGGGACGCCUGUGUUUAUCCUUGGUUGUCACUCUCUCCUUUUUCACCUGCCAGGUUUUGUGCUCGGGGGUGUUUGAGCUGAAACUGCAGGAGUUUCUAAACAAGAAAGGUGUGGCGGGGAACAACAACUGUUGCCCCGGCGGCGGCAGUUCGGCUCGCCAGCCGGGCCACCAGCAGUGCGAGUGCAAGACGUUCUUCCGGAUUUGUUUGAAGCACUACCAGGCCAACGUGUCCCCUGAGCCCCCCUGCACAUACGGCGGAGCGGUGACCCCAGUUCUGGGUUCCAACUCCUUCCAUGUGCCCGAGACCAACGCGGACACCUUCACCAAUCCGAUACGCUUCAAUUUCGGCUUCACAUGGCCGGGGACAUUUUCACUGAUCAUUGAGGCUCUGCACACAGACUCCCUGGACGACCUGGCAACAGACAAUCCAGAGCACCUCAUCAGCCGCAUAACCACUCAGCGUCACUUGACAGUGGGAGAGGAAUGGUUCAAAGACAUGCAGACAGCCGGGAGGACGGAGCUACGAUAUUCCUACCGCUUCCUGUGUGACGAGCAUUAUUAUGGCGAGGGAUGCUCCGUGUUCUGUCGACCCCGAGACGAUGCCUUUGGACACUUCACCUGUGGAGAGCGUGGCGAGAUCAUUUGCAAUUCUGGCUGGAAGGGACAGUACUGCACUGAACCAAUUUGUCUUCCUGGCUGUGAUGAAGAUCAUGGCUUCUGUGAGAAACCCGGAGAAUGCAAGUGCCGUGUGGGAUUCAGCGGUCGUUACUGUGAUGACUGUAUCCGUUACCCGGGCUGCCUCCAUGGUACGUGCCAACAACCCUGGCAGUGUAACUGCCAGGAGGGAUGGGGUGGCCUCUUCUGCAACCAGGAUCUCAACUACUGCACACACCACAAGCCGUGUCUCAACGGUGCCACGUGUACCAACACUGGCCAGGGUAGCUACACUUGCUCCUGUCCCCCCGGCUAUACAGGUGCAAGCUGCGAGAUCGAAGUCAAUGAAUGUUCUGGAAACCCCUGUCGCAAUGGCGGCAGCUGCUCUGACCAAGAUGAUAGCUAUAAGUGCACCUGCCUACCUGGUUUCUAUGGCAACAACUGUGAGUUGAGUGCCAGUAGCUGUGCGGAUGGGCCUUGCUUCAACGACGGACGCUGUGUUGACAAUCCGGAGGGGGGCUACUUCUGCCAGUGCCCCUUGGGAUACGCUGGAUUCAACUGUGAAAAAAAAAUCGACCACUGCUCGUCCAACCCCUGCUUGAAUGGAGCAAAAUGUGUGGAUUUGGUGAACUCGUACCUCUGUCAGUGUCCUGAAGGGUUUUCUGGUAGCAACUGUGAAGACAGUAGCAGCAUCCUCCAUGGACUUUGUCUGUCUUUACCUUGUCAGAAUGGUGGGACAUGCCAGGAGGGAGCCAAUGGCUACACGUGCAACUGCCCUCCAGGUUAUACCGGCAAAAACUGCAGUUCCCCCAUCUCCCGCUGUGCUCACAAUCCAUGCCACAAUGGAGCCACUUGCCACGAACGUGGCGGCCGCUAUGUGUGCGCCUGUGUGCCAGGCUACGGCGGGCACAACUGCCAGUUCCUCUUACCAGAAGUUCCCAAGGGUCAGCCAGUAGUGGAUGGACCGGACAGACGAUAUUCCUCACUGGAAAGCGAAAUCUUUGCCGAUGACGACGAUGAUGACAGCGGUUUCCCCUGGACUGCCGUGUGCGCUGGCGUCUUCCUAGUUCUGGUGAUUCUCAUCGGUUGCUCAGUGUUAGUGGUCUACGCUCGGGUCAAGCUCCAGGAGAGGCACAGUCAUCGCAGCGACAGCGUCCGAAGCGACAGCCACGAAACCAUGAACAACCUGACCACCACCAAUUGCCUCCGCAGUGACAAGGAGCUGGUCACCGUGACGACCACGUCCAUUAAAAACACAAAUAAAAAGGUCGAUUACCAUUCCGAGCUAGCUGGUUCACUUGCUGGCCUGAGUGGGAUCGGUGGGCUUAAUGGACUCGGCGGAUCGGAGAAGCAAGGCUUUAAGACUCGCUACUCUAGCGUGGAGUACAAUCUUGUACAUGAGCUGCGGCCUGAGGAGGCGUCACUGUGCAACCAGGAAGAACAUGAUGGACCAGAAGUGAAAUGUGAUCUGCUGGAAGAGUUUGAUACUGAGGAAAUAUGCAGGAAGAGACAAAACAGUGACGCCUCAGAAGAGAAACAAGUGGAAGAGUCACCGAGCUGCAGCGAAACCGUGUAUCGGUCGUCCUACGAUCUGAACCAACACGCUGCCGGUGAUCUUAAAUACCAAUCGUCCAGUGAUGUCAAGUACCAGUCAAGCUGUGACGUGGAAUAUCACUGCAAUGCCAGUGGUGAGAGCAAGUACCAGUGCGCCACAGACACCAAAUACCAGUCUGUGUACGUCAUCUCGGACCAGAAAGACGAGUGUUUAAUCGCUACAGAGGUAUGAUACCCCUUCUGGACCAAUUUCCAACCAGGUCCCUCUGGACGAUGGUGGUCCUCGCUAACCCUGAGCAGUACAGCUCAGCUUGUCUCCGGGAGGUUUUACUCCCGCGGUUUGCUGCUGUUGCCUGGAAUUUACCCAAGGAUCUUGGAGCCAAGGUGCCACUGAACCAGUCAGUGAAUGUUGGACAAUGCUGAUCUCAGAUGAGGACGUCGGCUUCAUACUUUGAUGCUCAGCACUAUCUUCCAAGCUCCCAAAGUAGUGCAGGCCUUGUUCAAAUUUGAAACAAUGGUGGACAAAGUACUCAUGCUAUCCAGUGACUUUUGCUGAAAGACGAUGGACGAGCUCCAGAUAGACUAUGGGCAUUGAGGUGGACUCCAUUUGUUUGCUCUUGAUAAGCAAGGGAGCGUUGACUUGGAUGAAGAAAUAGUAGUACCGUGGAGUACUGAUUGAAUGAAUAGAGUAGUACCUUUGGAGUACUGAGAACUUCAGCUUUUCAUUAUUAAGGUACAGUGUCAAGGAUGACAGUGCAUGUUCUGUGCAGUGCUACAAAGGACAGUGUGGACAUGGCAAGGGUGGAAAUCUUUCCACGGUGCAGUAGUCUCAGCUGUAGCCAACUUUACAAAAGAUAACAGAAUUUUCUUUUAAGAACACAAGUGCUCCGACUUCACAUCGUAUAAGUCUGCAGCCCUGACAGGCUCCGUCGGCUGAGCUGGUUCUCAGCAGAACUGAAGAGUAGUGACUGCAAAUUGAUUCAACAUGGAUCCUGUUGGGCCAUACUGGCCCCUGACCCUGAAGGUUUGGAUACACAGGGCAAUGUUUUUGGCAAACUAUUCAUCAAUAUUACAAGCAGAACCUACAAGCAAAAAGUCACUGAAAGUAAUCAAACACAGUUCAUGGGAUGUUUUAUUACCACUGUAGAGUUGUUUGUCACAACUUCUGGCGCUGUCGUGUGACUAUGUCAAACUAUGAAGGAGUCGUCCGAACUGCCGAGACCUCCUUGCACUACGGGGGUAUAUGUUCGUAACGUGCGUUUUUGAGAGUAUGCGAGCGCAGAUGAGGUCACCUGUGUUUUCAACUGUUAGCCACUAGCCAGUCAUCAUUUAGCCACCAUCGUCCUUGCUUGCUCAUUGUUGGUUAGCAUCAUGCGAUUUAUGUUUUUAAUCUUAUUUUUUUAUUAUUGGAACAAAGAUGUUGUUUUAAUUUAAUUAUUAUUUGUGUUACAAUUUGGUGUGAUAUUUUGUGUUGUAAUUUAAGUUUGAUUGUUUUUUUUAUUUGAUGUAUGUAUGUAUGUAUGUAUGUAUGUAUGUAUGUAUGUAUGUAUGUAUGUAUGUAUGUAUGUAUGUAUGUAUGUAUGUAUGUAUGUAUGUAUGUAUGUAUGUAUGUAUGUAUGUAUGUAUGUAUGUAUGUAUGUAUGU